AAUGCUGCUAUUUGCGGAAUUGUCGUCUGUAACAAGCAGACGACAUUUCUACGAAACAAUACGAAAAAAUCCUCGAAAAUGGCUGUAGAAUUUGGAACUGGUAAAACUGUGCUGAUUUUGGCGACAGUCGUAGGAUGUUUUGCAGUUUUAUGGCCAAAACUGUUCUAUCCAAUGUUACUUGCUGCUCUCAGCCAGAAACCUUCGUUAGACAGCUCUCAAGCGUGCUGUGACGUCAUUUUCGAAAAUGACGUGAACGCCAUAAAGAUAGUCGUGGAGAUGUGUGGCAACAUACUGCACCAGUACGAUGACGUGGACCCCAAGCUGACGAGGGCGUUCGAGGAGGGGCGGCUGUCCAAGGACGUAGUGCGGACGUGCCGCAACGAAGUGCUCAGUAAAUGUGGUGUGGACAUAACUGCCUUCCUCGAGGAGAGGGUGCGCCUGGGCCACACGUACAGGCAGAUCCUGGACGAGAUCCGCUCCUUCAACAGCUCCGUCUGCCUCAAGACCAACUUCGGGGUGGCCCCGGCGCUGCUGGGGGCCCCGCGGCACAUGCGCGGGCGGGCGCCCAAACUGCCGAGUCACUUCCGGCAGGAGCGGCUGCCCCACGCACGGCCCGAGAUGAUCCACCCGGCGCUGAGGGAGCGCGGCCGUGCCAUCCCCCAGCCGCACGUCGUGCCGCGCGUUCCCGACAAGGAGGGCAAGCCGGUGCCCGUGGCGGGGAUCCGCCCGCCCAUGGGAGGGGCGGGCCACGUGGUCCCGGCCCCCAAGGGCACCGGCACCAUGGGCAUCAUCAUGCCCAUCUACACGGUGGGCAUCGUCGUCUUCUUCAUGUACACCAUCAUGAAGGUGAUGUUCAAGAAGCCGAGCUCCGGGCCGGGCAGCUACCCCGAGUACGGUCCCGACCCAGAGUUCCGCAAGCUGGUCUUCGAGGAGGAGGCGCCGGCCGGCAGCGGCCGCCCGACCUGGAGGGCAGGCGACGAGCCCACCAAGCUGGUUGCGACGGCCAUCUCGGGCUUGUUGGCCGAAGCGGACCAGCAGCGCGACUGGCUCGCCAGGCGGGCGGAGCUAGACGUGCAGGUGUUGCAGGCCGAGAAGGUGGUGCCUGAGGCGGCUGCACCGCCGACGACGGAGCCCGGGGCCGGCGGGGAGCGCGACUCGGCGGAGACAGCUCAGGUACAGGAGGAGGUAGAGGCUGAGGCUGAGGUCCGGCCGGAGGGACCGGGGGGAAGCAGCAGCGCGCAGGUGCAGGUGGUCAACAUGGAGCUGACGGCCAGCUGCGAGGGCGGCCAGCGCUGGAGCCGCCCCGCCACCCCGGUGCCCCGCCCCGCCACCCCGGUGCCCCCCACCCCCUCCCCCGAGCCGCCCGCCAUCUUCCUGGAGGGCGCGCUGCCCUCGCAGUCGCAGCUGCUGGUCGCGGACUCGGCCACGCGGGCGGUGCUCUCUGACGACGAGGACGCCCCGGUCGUGCUCAGCGGGAAGAUGACGCUGUCCCUCAUCGGGCUGGACCACGACCAGCACCCCGAGCUGGACUGCGAGGGCGACGCUGCCCCGCGUGUGUCCGAGCAGGCCAGCGCUGCCGGACCACCGACACACGGUGCUGACGAGACGGACGUACUCACGCCAGACCAGUGGGAGGCACGAUGGAGCGAGGUGGAAGAGGACUGGGAGGUAGAGAAAGAAAACGAGGACAAAGAGUUUGAAGCAGAGAGGGAAUACGUCGAAGAGAAGGAAAAAGGCAAACAUGAAGCAGUGACUGAGAAAGAGGAAUGUAUGGGUAAGGAAUUUGAAGCAGAGAAGGAGAAAACGCAGAUGCAGGAUAAAUUGAAAGACGAGGAAUUGAAGGUGGAACUGGAAGUUGAAAAAGAAGAAUUAGAAGCAGAGACUGAAGAUGUGGUUGGAGAGUUGGAAUUAUUAGACAUGGAAUUAAAAACAAAAAAUUAUAAUAAGGAAGAAGAUUUCGAAGAUAAGGAAUUUGAAAUAGAAAAAACAGACUUACAAGUACAGGAUGAUAAAUCAAAGGAAGAAAAAGAAAUGAAAAUAGAACUUGGGCUAGAUUUAGAAAAAGAAAAAGUGGAGGGAAAUUUAAAAGCAGAGGUUGAAGAUGUGGUAAAGGAGCUGAAGGUCUCAGAAGUGGAAGUCAGAAAGGAAGCAGUAAACGAUGGAGAUGAACUCCUGGGUGAGAGAGCUGAAGCAGAGAAGGAAGAGGUAGGAGAGGAGGAAAUGGAGGAUGAAGAAGAGCUGGAAGAAGUAGAAGAGGAGUAUGAGGAUGAGCCAGUUGCCACCGAGCCCACCAGGAGGAGACAGGAUGUGUUGACAGGCGUGUCGUCGGAGGACGACUCUCUGCAGACAGCCAAGGAGACUGCGAGUGAAGCAGUGGACGAGCAGGAAGAAGAUGAAGAGGAGGUGGAGGAAGUGGACGAAGACGGAGAGGACAUCAUACCGCCCCCGCCGCUCAGCAAUGCCGUGAACUGCGCAGACGAGGCGCCCACCACCACCGUCACCACCACCACCAACUACACGACAGCGAGCGCGGCGGCCGAGGCCACCAGCACCGCGGGCCCCGAGGAGACGGCCGCCGACCUGUCCGCCCUGGAGUCCAUCGACCCCGACGACCCCGACGACGAGCUGGGCGAUGAGGAGGAGGUGUGGAACGGGGAUAUGGACUCGGAGGAGGAGGAGGAGAGCAGCGAGGAGGAGGAGGUCGGCCCGCACGUGGCGGCGAGCGCACAGACGCCGCACCGCCAGCACGACCGCUGAGCCCCAGCACCUCCGUGUGGGGCCAGACAGCCCGUGCAUGCGUCACACAGUCCUGCACAACUCAUUAUAGACACUGAAAUGACAUUGCUUCUUUUUUGUACAAGGCCUCUUAGAAAUAUUAUGUAACUUUUCAUUACCAGUUAAUUAUUUUUAUUGUUAUAUCUAACAAAGAGCUAGUUGUGAUAAGGCCUCUUGUCUAACCUGCAAAUAUUUAUUUGGUGUCAGAAAUAUGUAAUGAGGUUAUUUUUUUAAAAAUUUGGUUUUAAACUUUGCUCACUGAAAUAAGUUAGAGAAAAAUAUGUAUUAUGCAUUUUUGAUGCAUGUGUUUAAAAUAAUUAUAUCUCAAAAUUGAAAUAAUAUUUGAUAAAAAGAGGUUAAAAUGUAUAUUUAUAAAUACAAAUCUGGUUUUGCUGAAAACAACCAUUUUGUUAUGCAGAGGUUCAGUGCAUUGAAAUGUUGUACUUAUUUUUUAUUACCAUUGUGUACUAUAUCUGUCAACAGGCAUUGUCUUCUCUAUGUUCUUUGAUGAAGGCCUAAAGUUUCGUAUUGUCGACAAGACUGCCUUAUGAUAAAGUAGAGGUUUUAUUGUAGAGGAAGCUUCAUGACUGAUGUUGAGAGUUUCUGUCAACCAAGAAAUGGGCAGUCACGGACAUUGGGGCAGAAGCAGUGUCUAAUGUUCCUCUUGUCCACCAGUCGAAAGGUACUUACUUGUGUACGCAGCUUUUCCUACCAAUGGGAAGUGUUCCAACACCCUUGUGUGUAGCUCCGCCCCUACGCAGUUACGUCCGAGUAGUCUCACGAAUGGAAAUGACAUAUGUUCCAGUUGUAUGUACACUUAUAUUGUGAUAGUUUGUGCACCUUUGUAGUGUUGUACAUGCUUGUUGUUUACACUAUAAUCAGUAUGUAACCCUUUAUAUUAUAUUCUUACUACCCUGACUUUAUGUAACUUAAAUCUCUUAAUAAAAUUGAUUAACAUCUGA